AUGUCCGAACCUGUUGAAAAGUUGGAACAGUUGAACAUCCAAGAGAAGGCUGCCCCAGAAGCCGUGGCUGCUGCCCCAGAAGCAGCUGCCUCAGCCACCGAAGAAGUGGUUUUGGGAGAAGAUGGCCAACCUUUGUCCAAGAAGGCUCUCAAGAAGCUUGCCAAAGAGAAGGAAAAGGCACAAAAGAAGGCUGAAAGAGAGGCACAAUUGGCCAAGGAAAAGGCCGACAGAGAGGCAGCUGCUGCCAAUGAUCCAGCCAAGACCAACUACGGCAAGUUGCCAUUGAACAACUCUGCCUUCAAGACUGGCAAGGUCAGAACCAACAUCAAGGACUUGAGCGCAGCCAACGACGGCGACGAAAUCAUCUUCAGAGCCAGAAUCCAUGGUAGCAGACAACAGAGUGCCACCUUGUUGUUCCUCACCUUGAGACAACAAACCGACUUGAUCCAGACCUUGGUCAGAACCAACAAGGAAACCGACGAGUCUGCUGUCUCCAAGCAAAUGGUCAAGUGGGCCUCGUCCAUCAACUUGGAGUCGAUUGUGUUGGUCCACGGUGUGGUCAGAAAGGUCGACGAGCUCAUCAAGUCCUCCACCGUCCAAGAUGUCGAAGUCCACGUCAACAAGAUCUUCACCAUCCAAGAGACCCCCGAACAAUUGCCAUUGUUGAUCGAGGAUGCUUCCAGAUCCGAUGCUGAAGCCGAAGCCCUCAAGUUGCCAGUCGUCAACUUGGACACAAGACUCGACGCCAGAGUCAUCGACUUGAGAACCCCAACCAACCUUGCCAUCUUCAAGAUCCAGUCGGGUGUUUGUCAAUUAUUCAGAGAGUUCUUGUCCAACAAGGGCUUCACCGAAAUCCACACCCCAAAGAUGAUUGCUGCUGCUUCUGAAGGUGGUUCCAACGUCUUCAAGGUCAACUACUUCAAGGGUGACGCCUACUUGGCUCAAUCUCCUCAGCUCUACAAGCAACAGUUGAUUGCUGCUGAUUUCGAAAAGGUCUUCGAAGUUGCUCCAGUCUUCAGAGCCGAAAACUCUAACACCCACCGUCACAUGACCGAAUUUACCGGUUUGGAUUUGGAGAUGGCCUUCGAAGAGCACUACGACGAAGUCUUGGAAGUCUUGGCUGACUUAUUCGUGUUUAUCUUCUCUGAGUUGAAGAAGAGAUUCGCCAAGGAAAUUGCUGUGGUCAGAAAGCAGUUCCCAGUCGAAGAGUUCAAGGUGCCAGAAGGAAAGAUGGUCAAGCUUCACUUCAAGGAAGGUAUCCAAAUGUUGAGAGAUGCUGGUAAGGAGCUCGGUGACUUCGACGAUUUGUCCACCGAGAACGAAAGACUUUUGGGUAAGUUGGUCAGAGAAAAGUACGACACCGACUUCUACAUUUUGGACAAGUUCCCAUUGGCCAUCAGACCAUUUUACACCAUGCCAGAUGCCGAGGACCCAAGAUACUCCAACUCUUACGAUUUCUUCAUGAGAGGUGAAGAAAUUCUCUCUGGUGCCCAACGUGUUCACGACCCUGAAUUGUUGAAGGAAAGACUCAAGGCCCACGACGUUGACGGAAACGUUCCUGGCUUGAACGACUACAUUGAUGCUUUCACCUACGGGUGUCCUCCUCACGCUGGUGGAGGUAUCGGUUUGGAGAGAGUGGUCAUGUUCUUCUUGGACUUGAAGAACAUCAGAAGAGCCUCGUUAUUCCCAAGAGAUCCUAGAAGAUUGAGACCAUGA